AUGGGUAAUUCAUUGGAACAUCAGUCGGCCAUGAAUAACGGUUGGAUAAAGAGAAGGGAUGAGGAAAUAAUCGAAUACUACACACCGACACUGGAACCAAGCAAUCAAGCCACGCAGUCUCUGGCUUGCAAUGUCCAUACUCAAGGACAAAAAUAUAAAGUCACAAUCCGAUUGGAGGGAACGCAAACACUGUUUUCUUUCAAGUUACUGUCUUUUUGGCACGGAACCACUAAUCUAAAAGUACUAGAACUGAUGAGUUUUAACAUUGUGUGCAUGAAAGAUGAAACCUUUUAUGACAAAUUACAGUCCGAUGACACCAUGUUCAGCAAUCAGGAAUAUUCCGAUUUAAUAACACAUUCCUUGGAAGAAAGCAAUACGAAACUCAAAUUCAUUAUUCGGAAAUCAGUCAGAACAGCAAAGAGAGACGAAACGAAAUUUUAUGUCUUUGGUAUUAAAAUUGAAUUGCCUGAUAAAACACACGGAGUAGUGAAAUUGGCAUUCAGACAUGCACGAAGAGACAAACCUACCAUUCUUUAUAUUGCAGGAUUUAUUGUGAAUACAGUUGUGAUAAUUCCGAAUGAACAAGAAGAGACAUCGACCACAACAACAAGCUAUGCAUCUGUGCAAUUAGCUUCUAAUGACAUGAUCGUCGUGAAUCCAUAUAUUGUGGACCCUCAUAAAACUAAUACUGUAAUUAUAUCAAUGGACGAUAACGGAAGGGCAAUUAACACCAACGAUGUGGAUAUUAAAUUCAAUGACAAUAGAAAUUAUUUAGAAUCGGUCAACCCAUAUGCGGUUACUAGAGAUAUUCAAAGAAACAAAAUAUUAAUAGUAUUUGAUACGCCUAUAUUACACGAAUUUAUGAGUCAACUGAUAGUAACAUUGGAGGUUAUUGUGAAACAUUCACACGAGCAUUCAACACAAAUAUAUAAGCACCCCUUCUUUUUCAAGCAAAGCAAGCAACGUGAAAAAUUAAUAGAAAAGCCAUUGAGAAGAUAUAAUCAUGAAGAAGUAAUUUGUUUAAUGUACAUGUACAAUUUUCCAGAUACCAAUUUAUUUAAAGAUGUCAUACGAAGAAAAUUAGUUUCAGGAGCUCAUUUAAUUCAAUAUUUAGAUAAUAAUUGCACUAAUCCUGAAAAGUAUCACUUCUCAACUCGAUUCUAUGAAAUCAUUCAGAAAAAGUUAGCAUUUGAUGAAGAAUUGAAAAAUCGAGAGGAGCAACAACUAGAACAAUCUCUUGGCGAACACAGGUUUAAGAACAGAAUAACUGAACCAGCACCUCUUAACAAAUACACAGUAGACGAAUUAACAGAUCGUGAAAAAUGGUCAACUUUUACGGCAUUAACGAAAUUGGGAUUCAAGAAACAGAAAGAAAUUGAAGCGAGUGCACAAAACAUGGUUAUACCAGAACGAAUGCUCUAUAUUUUACAACGAUAUUUUGCGAAUCAGCCAGAGAUAUUUAGAGAUACCAAGAAGCAGCCAUUCAUGCACGUUCAGAUAGUUCAAUAUGAUUCAGGUCCUUCAUUCAGUCACAACAAACCUCCAUGUGUGUUAAUAGGACCAUUUAAAAUAGGAUGGUUUGAAAACGCUUUAGCUCGCAUUAUGAUUGUUGAGAAUAUCAAAGAUGAGACUCCUAUUUCAUCAAGAUGGAAACUUUGUUCCACAUCUGAGAUUAUGCAAGUAUUGGAAUCUUUCUCCAAUGUCGUAUGCAAAUAUAAUGCAGAGAAGAAAUUUCAUCAAGAUUUAUGUAAUGGUACUCACUUUGUGAACGAUCUCUUGACCGAGUGCAAAAUACCUCUUCAAUGGAGAGGGUUUGCAGAAAUUUCACAGUCAAAUGAAGAAGCAAGCCACUAUAAUAUUGGAGAUCUCGAGAUACCCAUACCCAUACGAGAUACGCUCUUUCAACACCAAAAUGAACUUCUUUGUAUCCACCAUGACAACGACUUUAAGAUUCGCACGAGUAUUACGUCCAAAAUGAGACAACUUUCGAGCAAAGCUGAGUCAUGGAAGCAAUAUCAAUUUUCAAUGGAUGAUAAGGAAGAAGAACGAAACUUUUCCACACCUGAGCGAUUUGUUACCUACAUCAUGAAACCCCUAAUGAAACAGACGAAAGUCUAUCAUGGAAAUGGUAUUGAAUUUCUAAAUUUGAAGGUCCUACUUUAUCACAACAAUCACUCGAAUUAUGGCAUGAGUUUAAUUGUUGGACCUUUACGACUGGACUGGACUGAAAAUUCUCUAAUUCUUGUAAGAACACAACAAGAUUUUGGAAUUACGACAUCCAUGUCCAUUAUUGAAUUGAUCGAUAUUGUAGGAUUUGAAGAAACAAAUCAAACAUUGCUCUCAAUUGCUGAAAUUGUUUGCCGCUACAACACGUCCAAUCAUUUCAGUGAAAGUUGUAACACUUUCCAGUUUGUUCGAGAUGUCAUGAUUCAUCUCAAUCUCACUUCUCAAUUCUAUUCUCAAAUUAUGGCAUGGAUCAACAACACCAAAACGUUAACACUGACUCCAAAGUUUAAAUACCUCGCAAAAAUCAUCAAUUCCAUAGAGAGUAUAACCUUUCAUUCAUACAAUGCUCUAUUGGAACUUGGAACCUUAAUGUACUCGAUUGGAUACCUGUUCACCUUCGAUGGAAAAGAGGAUAUUGGUAAAUUAGAAUCAAUGAGCGCUAUUUUGGAUGACCAAGAUGAACCUCAACACGACUCCAAAUUAACAUUUUAUCAAAAGAUACAACAUGCUGCUUACUCCAAACCUUUUCAUCCAAUGGGCGAUGUUAAUGUUCAAGCUCUAUUACUAUUUUUGGGUGGAAACAAACGAUUGUUCCAGCAAUCCAAUGUCGUAUGUCACAGUCUUUUCCCUCAACAUGGUUUUCGAUAUGAAUCGAAUGUGAUUGUAGCUCAAUUUGACCUUUGGCCUCUCCAGCAAUUUGCUAGAUAUUGCAUCCUUAAUAUUACAUUAACCUACGACAAGAAGCCAAACGAGAGAGUACUUAGUUAUGAAUGCACACACAUGAAGGACGCUCCUCACGUAAUUGAAAUAAGAAUUAUUCCUCCCAAGUCGGAUGUACCUGUGAGGGCUGUGUCUUUAGAUGUUGCAUGUAUUCGACAUGAAAACAAUGAUGAAAUGGAUAAUGAUUGUUACAAUCCAACGUUUCAACUCACUCCAGCACACCUACUGGUCAACAUUCCAUGUGGAUCCUCACUCUUGGGGCUUAAUGUGUACUCAGACACAACAACAAACGAUAUCAACACAGCCUCGUACGAUUUUGAAGUGAAGAGAUAUAGAAAUAGAAUGGUAGUGAGCUUGAAAAACCAAUCUGGAAACCAUACAGGAAAUAAUUUUGGAGAAAGAUCACGACCAAAGCAUUUCAAAAUUUAUUGCAGUACGGUCGACGGAGAAUGUUUUGUUGCAAGGGUCAAAACCGAAUAA